UCCAACCGAACUUUCGUGUUUCUCUCUCUCUCUCUCUCUCUCAAACCGGAGGUAAAACUGCAAAUUUCCCAACCAAACAUACACUCUGUACAACACUCUGAACAGUACACAUCCAGAGAGAGAGAGGGAGAGAGAGAGAGGGGAAAUUCAGUUGAGAAAAGAAAAGAAAAUAAAUAAAAAAGUAGGGAAAAAUCUCGACAGCCAUUAAUGCACGCUCAACAACCAGUUUGGUGCUGCUUAAGUCGUUGGAUGGAAGCACACUGCUACUCUACAAUGCCGACCGCAGAACCCACAUUAAAUUCUCCUCUUAUCUUCACUCUUCUCAUCCUUCUCCUUUUUCACUACCUAGGGUUGGGGUUUACUGUCUCUUUUUCUUUCUCUCUGCUGGAGCUCGACCGCCAUGUGGAGUUCCGCAGAGAAUGUGUUUGCAAGGUCGAGCUCCUUCAGGGAAGAUGGAGACGACGUGGAGGCUCUCACCUGGGCCGCAUUGGAGAGGUUGCCCACGUACGACCGGGCCCGUAGAGGAGUUUUCAGGAACAUUAUUGGAGAUGCCUCCGAGGUUGAUAUCUCUGAGCUUGAAGUCGAGGAGCAGAAGCUUGUGUUGGAUCGCUUGGUCUCUUCGGUCGAUCAAGACCCCGAGCGCUUCUUUGAUCGGAUACGGCGGAGAUUCGACGCAGUUGAUCUGGAAUUUCCAAAAAUUGAGGUUCGAUUUCAGAAUCUGAAAGUGGAUACUUAUGUCCAUGUUGGUAGCAGAGCAUUACCAACCAUUCCCAACUUCAUUUUUAACAUGACUGAGGCAUUCUUAAGGCAAUUGAGGAUUUUUCCUGGCAAGAGGAAGAGAUUGUCAAUUCUAGAUGAGAUAAAUGGGAUUAUUAGGCCUUCCAGAUUGACACUGCUACUGGGUCCACCUAGUUCUGGAAAGACAACAUUGCUUUUGGCCCUUGCAGGACGUCUUGGACCUGGUUUGCAGAUGUCAGGGAAAAUUACGUAUAAUGGGCAUGAUCUAAAUGAGUUUGUUCCCCAGAGGACCUCUGCAUAUGUUAGUCAACAUGACUGGCAUGUGGCAGAGAUGACUGUCAGGGAAACUCUUGAGUUCUCUGGACGUUGUCAAGGCGUUGGAUUCAAAUAUGAUAUGCUUCUUGAGCUCACAAGAAGAGAGAAGAAUGCUGGCAUAAAACCUGAUGAAGAUCUUGAUAUAUUCAUGAAGGCAUUAGCACUAGGGGGACAGAAGACAAACCUUGUUGUGGAGUAUAUUCUAAAGAUUCUAGGGUUGGACAUUUGUGCGGAUACAUUGGUAGGUGAUGAAAUGCUCAAAGGGAUCUCAGGGGGACAAAAGAAGCGCCUUACUACAGGUGAAUUGCUAGUUGGUCCAGCUAGAGUGCUUUUCAUGGAUGAGAUAUCGACUGGGUUAGAUAGUUCAACUACAUAUCAAAUAAUCAAGUAUCUUAAACAUUCAACCCAUGCACUGGAUGGGACCACAGUUAUUUCACUUCUGCAACCAGCUCCAGAGACUUAUGAAUUAUUUGAUGAUAUUAUUCUUCUAUCUGAAGGCCAGAUUGUAUAUCAGGGACCCCGCAAUUCUGCACUUGACUUCUUUGCAUUCAUGGGUUUUAGAUGUCCUGAACGGAAGAAUGUAGCAGACUUCUUGCAAGAGGUUACUUCUAAGAAAGAUCAAGGGCAGUAUUGGUCAGUUCCUGACUGCCCAUACCAGUACAUAUCUGUGUUGAAGUUUGCAGAAGCUUUCCGUUCAUUUCGUGUUGGUAAAAUUUUGUCAGAGGAACUAGCCGUUUCAUUUGACAAGCGUUAUAAUCAUCCGGCUGCCCUGUCAACAUCCAACUAUGGUGUCUCAAGGGUUGAGCUUCUUAAUAACAGCUUUUCCUGGCAGAAGUUACUUAUGAAACGAAAUUCCUUUAUUUAUGUUUUCAAGUUCAUUCAGCUUCUGUUUAUUGCUGUGAUCACAAUGACAGUAUUUUUCCGGACAACAAUGCAUCAUAGCACCAUCGAUGAUGGUAUCAUAUACUUGGGGGCACUGUACUUUGCAAUGAUUAUGAUUCUAUUUAAUGGAUUUACAGAGGUUUCCAUGUUGGUAGCUAAACUUCCAGUGCUUUACAAGCAUAGGGACUUGCACUUCUAUCCAUGUUGGGUUUAUACGCUUCCUUCUUGGGUUUUAAGCAUCCCAACUUCACUUAUAGAGUCUGGUAUGUGGGUGGUGGUUACAUACUAUGUAGUCGGUUUUGAUCCACAAAUAACUAGAUUCUUCCGGCAGUUCCUGUUGUUUUUCUUUUUGCACCAGAUGUCUAUAGCUCUAUUUCGUCUGAUGGCAUCCUUAGGUAGAAAUAUGAUAGUUGCCAACACUUUCGGAUCUUUUGCAAUGCUGGUUGUCAUGGCUCUUGGGGGAUUUAUCCUUACCAGAGACAGCAUUCCAAGUUGGUGGAUCUGGGGUUAUUGGUUUUCUCCUUUAAUGUACGCUCAAAAUGCUGCUUCUGUAAAUGAAUUUCUUGGGCAUUCUUGGGAUAAGGUAGCUGAGAUGAACACUAGUGUACCAUUAGGCAAGGAGUUGUUGAAAGUGCGGAGUUUAUUUCCUGAGAAUUACUGGUAUUGGAUUGGCGUUGGAGCUUUGGCUGGUUAUGCAAUUUUAUUUAACAUUCUCUUCACAAUUUUCCUGACUUACCUAAAUCCUUUGGGAAAACAACAAGCUGUUAUUUCCAAGGAAGAACUACGAGAAAGGGAGAAAAGGCGGAGAGGUGAAAAUGUUGUGACUGAGCUAAGACAAUAUUUACAGCAUUCAGGAUCACUUACUGGAAAAAACGGGAAAGAGAAAAGAGGCAUGGUUCUUCCAUUCCAACCUCUCUCCAUGUCUUUCAGCAAUAUUAAUUAUUAUGUGGAUGUGCCUGUGGAACUGAAGCAGCAAGGUGUAUUAGAAGAAAGAUUGCAGUUGUUGUUUAAUGUUUCUGGAGCAUUUAGGCCAGGAGUGCUGACAGCGUUGGUUGGAGUUAGUGGUGCUGGUAAAACUACCCUUAUGGAUGUUCUAGCUGGUAGAAAAACUGGUGGACAUAUAGAAGGCGGCAUUUAUAUAUCAGGUUAUCCCAAAAAGCAAGAAACUUUUGCCAGGAUCUCUGGUUAUUGUGAGCAGAACGAUGUUCAUUCCCCAUGCUUAACUGUUCGUGAAUCACUUUUAUUCUCUGCUUUGCUCCGUUUACCUCAACAUGUUGACUUGGAGACACAAAAGGCAUUUGUGGAAGAGGUGAUGGAACUUGUGGAGCUCACUUCAUUGAGUGGGGCCCUGGUUGGUUUACCAGGGGUUGAUGGGUUGUCCACAGAGCAACGGAAAAGGCUGACAAUUGCUGUAGAGUUGGUUGCGAAUCCAUCUAUUGUGUUUAUGGAUGAACCAACUUCAGGACUGGAUGCAAGAGCUGCAGCUAUUGUAAUGAGGACUGUGAGGAAUAUUGUUGAUACUGGACGGACGAUUGUGUGCACAAUCCAUCAGCCAAGCAUUGACAUUUUUGAAUCCUUUGAUGAGCUUUUAUUUAUGAAGCGGGGAGGAGAGCUUAUUUAUGCUGGUCCAUUGGGAGCCAAGUCAUGCAAGCUUAUUGAGUUUUUCGAGGCAGUUGAAGGGGUCCAGAAGAUCAGGCCUGGUUAUAAUCCAGCUGCUUGGAUGCUAGAGGUUACUUCCUCCUCUGAAGAAAGUCGCCUUGGAGUGGAUUUUGCCGAAGUAUACCAGAGAUCUAGUCUGUACCAGAAAAACAUGGAUUUGGUUGAAAGUCUGAGCAAACCAAAUAGUGAUUCCAAAGAGUUAUUUUUUCCCAACAAAUAUUGUCGGUCCUUUUUAGCUCAAUUUCUUGCCUGCCUGUGGAAGCAAAACCUGUCUUACUGGAGAAACCCUCAGUACACUGCAGUUCGGUUCUUCUACACAGUCAUCAUUUCUUUGAUGUUUGGAACAAUAUGUUGGAGAUUUGGUUCUAAAAGGGAGACCAGACAAGAUAUUUUCAAUGCCAUGGGGUCCAUGUAUGCAGCAGUUCUGUUUAUUGGGAUAACUAAUGCUACAGCUGUUCAACCAGUAGUUUCCACUGAAAGGUUCGUGUCUUACCGAGAACGAGCAGCAGGAAUGUAUUCAGCUCUACCUUUCGCAAUAGCACAGGUUUCCAUCGAGUUGCCUUACGUGUUUGUGCAAACACUUAUUUACAGUACCGUGUUCUACUCUAUGGCUGCAUUUGAAUGGUCCCUUACAAAGUUCAUUUGGUACUUAUUUUUUAUGUAUUUCACUAUAUUGUACUUCACAUUUUUUGGGAUGAUGACAACUGCAAUCACGCCCAACCAUAAUGUCGCUGCAAUUAUAGCUGCUCCCUUCUAUAUGAUGUGGAACCUAUUCAGUGGAUUCAUGGUUGCUCACAAGAGGAUUCCCAUCUGGUGGAGAUGGUAUUACUGGGCAAAUCCUGUAGCCUGGAGUCUGUAUGGCCUUUUGACAUCCCAAUACGGUGAUGUGGAUGAUCACGUGAAGCUCUCUGAUGGAGUCAACUCGGUGCCCAUAAGACAGUUACUUCAGGACCAGUUAGGAUACAGGCAUGACUUUUUGGGUUAUGCGAGUCUUAUGGUGGUUAUGUUUUCUGUUAUCUUUGCAUUGAUUUUCGCCUACGCAAUCAAAUCAUUCAACUUUUUAAGGAGAUGACAAGCUGGAGUCUGACUGCUUUCAAUGCAAAAUGUUUCUUAAGAAUUUGCAGUUAAGAUGUAAGAUGUGUAUUCAUCCCUAAUAAGAGGGCUGUGUUAGAUGAAAUCUGUAACUGUAAAGAAGCGUUUUGGUAUAUAUAAUUCAAUUGUAUGUUUUCUUGUUAAGAGGGCAACUUCCUACUUUGGUUGUCUAUGUGAGCCUGGAUUCCAGACUACCAGUAAACCCAAAAGAAAAAUCUUGUUGCCCCGUAAAUCCAAGAGUCAAUUUAAAGCUGUAGUUCUAAGUUUAAAUCUGUAAAGUUCACAUUCAUCCAUUUUAUGCCAACUGAAGCAUUUUUCUUGUAGACAUCCAUUCAUUAAAAGGUUAAAGGGGGGUGGUUCA